AUGCUGCUACUGUACGUGAUCACUCUUAUAGUCAAUGGAGGCAUGCCUUUGGUAUUGUCAAAGUUGAAAAAUGGUCCUUAUACAAAAUUGCGCAUCGCAAGUUUCGCUCCCUGGUGCAAGCUGCAAAGCGAAGGUCCUGGAAACAGUUCUGUGGUAUUUCUAGAAAAGGAUUUCUCAAAAGCUACUGCUGCUAUCAAGCGCAUCAAGCGUAACAAAGAGUCUUCUGCUACCUACAGUCAUCCCGACGGUCCUGCUGCUUCUGUCACUGCUAUGGGUUCUCAUCUCGCUUCGGUGUAUGAUGGCUCUCUGCUUGCCACUGCUACUCGUCCUGCUGCUCCCCCCACUUUUGACUCUGUUCUGCCUUUUUGUGUGCCUGUGGAUUUGUCACUGUUCGAUGUUGAUUACUCUUGUAUCUCACAUUCAGCGGCUCCCAACACAUAA